UAGAUAGCAUGGUUAAUCGGGGUGCCUCUGCUGGUGGUCAAAAAUUUGUACAUUUGCGUCAAGCUAGAGGCGAACUCAAACGUCUCGUAUUUUUUUCAGUGAAGCGGUAUCAUUUUAAUCCAAACACCGAAGUGACAAAAGUUUUGUUAGAUUCCGUUCUUUUUUUUGGCAUCGAGCGCGCAUGCGCGGUGAUUCAACAACGCACAGUCGACAAUAGGCGCCAGUUAUACGACAUCGAAACAUCAGGCAUGGCUGAAGAAAGCCGCAACGAAUACACGCCUCUCGACUUAAGCAUGAAAGCCAAAGCAACACCAAGUGCAAGCCGUGACGGUACGCAGGGCGCUUACUCUCCUUUGGGCGCCUACACAACGAUUUAUGAUGACAUCUUGCGUUACCAGAGGAGCAUGCAGCGCAUGCCGAUGACCGACGAGGCUUCCAACGUGGAUGGGGUCACUCACAAUGGCAGCACAAGAUACCAGCACCUAGGGUCCACCAGCAUUAUCUAUAACACAAGGCCCAGCACAAGCCGCGCUAGCAUGGAGGAAGCAUCAGCCAAUUCUGAAGAUGGCGUCACGAACGCUCCUGGAACCGGAGGAAAGGCACAGCGAGAGUUAUGCGGUGUCUGUGGCAAUGUUUCGCGAAGACGGGAUGCCUUACACGGCCACGCCAAGGAAGCCACGGAUGACACAGCCCACAUUUGCAAAGGAUGUGGUAUAUCGUAUGUGAAGGAGUCUAAGUUUGCAGAACAUUGCCGCAACCCCACUGGCCAAAAACACAAAUGCGAAACAUGUGGUGAACUGUUCCACCGGGCUGAUCACCUAGCUGAAGAUUACCGCACACACACAGACGAGAGACCCUACAAAUGCAACAUCUGUGAUAAAUCAUUCCGGCGAUCUAAUCAUCUAGAUCAGCAUAAGCGCACGCAUACAGACGAGAGAGCCUACAAAUGCCAAAUGUGUGAUAAGUCGUUCCGGCAGUCUCAUCAUCUCGAUAACCAUAAGCGCACGCAUACAAACGAGAGACCCUACAAAUGCCAGCAUUGUGAUAAAUCAUUCCGGCAGUCUAGUCAUCUAACUAACCAUAAACGCACGCAUACAGACGAGAGACCCUACAAAUGCGAAAUAUGUAAUAAAUCGUUUCGGCGGUCUACUUAUCUAGAUAACCAUAAGCUGCACCACACACGUGAGAAACCCUACAUUUGCAAAACAUGCGGUAAAUCAUAUACGCGGGCGGCGUAUCUCCGUAAACAUCAGUAUGCUCACGCAGAGGAGAAACGAGAAACUUCGGGUAUGCCCAAAAUGUGCUAAUUCAUUAAAAAAAUAUAAUCUCAAGAGACAUGUAGACUCGAAUUGUGGAAACGGCGCUUUCGUUUGCGAAAUCUAUGAUCGAUCAUUUCAGACCAAUUCAAAUCUCCAUCGUCACCGCCGAACAAAGCACGGGGAUAAAACACCGCAUGAGUCUACGCAGUGCGGAUGUCGUUUUGCAGACAAAGAAACACACGAUAGGCAUGUGUGCCAGAAAGAAUGCAAAAGGUGAACGUUGCCCUAUCGUUUACCGAAAUUUCUCGACAAGGCCUCGACGCCUGAAGUAUUUGGGGUACUUCAAUAUCGAAAAAUAGUGCAGGUCCUGUCCAGCGCUCAUUGUUCCAUGAACUAUGUUGUUGGGGAACGUUGCUUUAUCAAACUGUCCUCGAGACAAACCCUAAUGGGCUGCAAGAUUGCGUUUUUUGUAACUAAAGUGCUGAAAUGUCUACAAAAGAUCAUUGGCGGCCAUUUGAUGAGACAAACUUCUUGUGCAGUUCUUGUGACAGUGUACCAGCAAAUGAUCUUUAAUGAGCGAUACUCGUAGGGCUUUUCCAGCGCAAACAGAAUAGAAUCUCUCAUUAGGAAGCAUUACAAAAAGGAGGUACUGUAUUGUAGUCAACUAAAAAGCAAUUUCUGCCAAUAUACGAGGUUUGAAGGUCAAGUUUCCUUCGAAAGAGAGCACUUGAAGAUGGUUUUACGACAAUGCACAACUACAUUGUAUGCGUAUGAAAAUUAUUUGCUUUAAAUUCAACGCAUUGACUGUUCUUUGGCUCGUGUAUUCAUACCGCCCGUUCGCUGUAUACUUCAACAUAAGCUGGUGAUGGUAGUGAGACUGUAUUAGAUUGGAAUCAUUCAGAGCUACACUAUAUGACAUGAUCUCUCACUAGGCAAAUUUUUAUUUCUUUUAUUGUGGCGGAACUUCUGAAGUUUAAUGGAUAGUUUUUUAUCCACUUGUGAAGUCGUCUGUUUUCAGUCGAACUGCUAUCUAGUUGCAGAAGUAAAAUUUUUUAGCCUGAUGUGACAAACGUUUCUGUGCAAAAAUGACAAAGGCAAGUAAGUUUGAUAUGACAAGUAAGUUUUCAUAUAUGUUUACAUGCUUACUUGUACAUAUUUUUUUCUGUGAACACGUUUCACCGGCUGACAAAGGUUAGGUUAACCCUCCGCGCAUGACGUGCCUGUGUGUAUCAGAACGUUCCCGAUUUUCUCACUAAUUAUACAUCUUUUCUAUGCUGUAGUCGAACCUUUCGUAAUAAAAUUGCACGCGCAAUACGAAUACCACUGUGCUUUUUUCAAGGCUUGCAAGCACCAACAAUUACGCUACAAUCUUCAUUGAAUCAUGCAUGAACAUCUGUCAAUCGUUAGCCGUCAAUAACUUAUUGGGCGAUCGACGUCUACUCUCGCAACUGUCUCUGCCCGACUGUAACUCGUUUUGUGCCUUCUCGUCCCCCGAAUAAAGAGUUA